CGGGGAGCGAGCGGGGCCGGCUCCCCCCGCGCCCGCCGCCGCCGUGCCCGGAACUCAGAGCCCGGGCCGGCCAUGGUGCACAUCGUGACGGUGAAAACCAAGGCGUACGCCGACCAGAAACCCGGUACCAGCGGGCUCCGCAAACGAGUCACCGUUUUCCAAAGCAAUGCCCACUACGCCGAGAACUUCAUCCAGAGCAUCCUGGACACCGUGCCGCCGGCCGAGCGGCAGGAGGCCACGCUGGUGGUGGGGGGCGACGGCCGCUUCUACAUGAAGGACGCCAUCCAGAUCAUCGUCCGCAUCGCCGCCGCCAACGGGAUUGGCCGCUUGGUCAUCGGGCAGAACGGCAUUCUCUCCACCCCAGCAGUGUCCUGCAUCAUCAGGAAAAUCAAAGCCAUCGGCGGCAUCAUUCUGACGGCCAGCCACAACCCUGGUGGGCCCAAUGGAGAUUUUGGGAUUAAAUUCAAUACAGCCAAUGGAGGUCCUGCUCCAGAAGGUAUCACGGACAAAAUUUUCCAAAUUAGCAAAAAAAUUGAAGAAUAUGCAAUCUGCCCAGAUCUCAAGGUGGACCUGGGUACCAUUGGAAAACAGCAGUUUGAUUUGGAGAACAAAUUUAAACCCUUUACAGUGGAAAUUGUGGACUCUGUAGAAGCUUACGCAAAUAUGCUGAGGAACAUCUUUGACUUCAAUGCAUUAAAGGAACUGCUUUCGGGGAAAAACCACCUCAAGAUUCGCAUCGAUGCAAUGCAUGGAGUUGUGGGCCCUUAUGUGAAGAAGAUCCUGUGUGAGGAGCUGGGAGCCCCAGCAAACUCCGCUGUGAACUGCACCCCCCUGGAGGACUUUGGUGGCCACCAUCCCGACCCCAACCUGACCUACGCUGCUGACCUGGUCCAGACCAUGAAGACGGGAGAGUACGACUUUGGAGCUGCUUUUGAUGGAGAUGGGGACCGCAACAUGAUUCUCGGGAAGCACGGCUUCUUUGUGAACCCCUCUGACUCCGUCGCUGUCAUCGCUGCCAACAUUUUCAGUAUCCCUUACUUCCAGCAGACCGGGGUCCGUGGCUUUGCCCGCAGCAUGCCCACCAGCGGGGCUCUCGACAGGGUGGCCCACGCGACAAAGAUUGCUUUGUAUGAGACUCCUACUGGCUGGAAGUUCUUUGGAAACUUGAUGGACGCAAACAAACUGUCUCUGUGUGGAGAGGAAAGUUUUGGUACUGGCUCUGACCAUAUCCGCGAGAAGGAUGGGCUCUGGGCGGUCCUGGCCUGGCUGUCCAUCCUGGCUGCCCGCAAGCAGAGCGUGGAGGACAUCAUGAAAGAUCACUGGCAGAAGUACGGCAGGAACUUCUUCACCAGAUACGACUAUGAGGAGGUGGAUGCAGAUGCAGCUGGUAAAAUGAUGAAGGAUUUGGAGACUGUGAUGUUCGACCGCUCCUUUGUGGGAAAGCAGUUAUCAGCCGGUGACAAAGUCUACACGGUUGAGAAAGCCGAUAACUUUGAGUACAACGAUCCCGUGGAUGGAAGCGUCUCCAGAAACCAGGGCUUGCGGCUCAUCUUCUCCGAUGGCUCUCGCAUCAUCUUCCGGCUGAGCGGCACCGGCAGCGCUGGAGCGACCGUGCGGCUCUACAUAGACAGCUAUGAGAAGGAUGCUAAGAAGAUCCACGAAGACCCGCAGGCUCAAGCUGUAGGCUGCUGUCUUGAAGGAGCCCAGUCGGAUCCAGAUGUCUCACCAGUUGUAUGCGUUUUCAUCUUUAUCCCAACUUUACAUAAGGCAAUAUCUGAUUUCUACAUGCAGUUCCUACUGCCCCAAAAUGAAAAUAUAUCUCAAGCAAAAAGCAAGCAUAGAUGUUCAAGGAGCGGAAAUCCUCCCGGGAGUGGAAAGCAGCACAAGGUCUCAGGUUUCUUGUCCCAGCCCUGGUGCCAGGAGCCAGGUGAAGCAGUGGCAGGGUCACUCUGGCCCUUGGGGUGAUGGUUUGUUCUGCUGGGAUUGGUGAACAGGGCACCCACCACCUCUCUGGGCACCCUGUGCCAGUGCCUCACCACCCUUAUCCUAACGAAAAUAUUGAGGUCUGAGAGGAUCAGGGCCAGCAAACCUGAGCUGGGGCUGGGGAGGAGCAGGGCUGUGUGGGUGAGGAGGAGGAGGGUGAGUUAACAUGAAGGCUCAGGAGCUGGCGCUGGGUGGAAGUGAGGGGCGCAGGAUGAUGUAUGGAGACCAGGAGGAAUUCAAGUUUCAGAGCAGUGAUUGGUGGCACAGGGUGACAACCAGAUGUGCUGUGUGCCUGUGUGCAGCUCCCUGCAAAGGACUCCUUGGGUCACUCCUGUGAACCUCCCUGCACCUACAGCAGAAAGAAGUCAGAAACAAUGUGUUUUGGAGGGAAUGAAUGAGCAAGGAAAGGCAGAGCCGUGUCCCACUGAACCUGCAGAGCUCUGAACCAUUCCACUCUGUGUAUAUGCACUGCUCCUUGGGGACGGGGGAGGCCAGAAGGGAGUGGAGGAGUUUAGGAAGUCGGCAAGCAGAGUGCUUGUGUUGUUUCUGGCACGGAGUUACCGGCCACGGGUGUCCCUUUGCGGUGCCAUUCACCUCCCACAGCCACAACCGAGCCCGCUGCUCCCAUUAAGUGUGGCUGAGUUGGUUCCCAGCACAGCAAGGCUGGGGCUGUGGGUCGGGACCACGAGCAAGGUGCAGCAGGAGCCAGAACGAAGCUGAUCAGUGCGGAUUGAAGUGCUGGAGGCAGCUGCUGCUGAAAUGAGGCACGGUGCUCUGCCUUCUGCUCGGGGCCACGGGGGAUCCCUGCAGACAGCAGCUGUCCUCAGCGUUGUGCACAUUUGUGAGCACAGUCACUGAUGUCCCCUCCCUGAACAGCACGCACUGCUGACAUCUCGUGUGGCUGCAGUAAUGCUGCGCAUUAGUCCUGAAAGAGAAAGGGGAAAGAGAGAGAAAGGUUUGUGUCUUCUCCUGACUAUGCAAAACCGAAUGAAACAGGAGACAGAGACUACAGAUCCGCCCUGUCCCAGUGCAGCCCAAAGAUAAAAGCGUUAAAAUGCCCUGUAAUUAGAGCCAGCCUCAAAGAAGAAGUUCUGUGACGGCUGCAGUCAGAUGCUCAGCUCUUACACCCCAUGGCACAGAACGAAAGAAUGCAAUUUUUCAGCAGUGCCGGGGUUUUCAUUUGGCUCAGCAGCAGUUCAGAGGUGUUUCUCCUUCUGUAGGAAAUGUGAACUGAUUGUGAGUCUCUGACUGCUCGGGUGGCACGGAAAUUAUAAGUAUUUAAAUGACGGUCUUGUCUGGUUCUGACAUCUUUCAGUGUAAGCAUUGCCUUUUACAAAGGACCAAAGCAAAAUGAAAGCAUGGGUUAUAUGCAGAGUAGGCUCAAGAAGUUCAUUAGUACAUAAGUGUUAUUCUAAACAGUUACAUCAGAGUUUGUUAGGUUGCUAAAUGGCCCCCCAGGCCCUGGUUGGCUUUGCUGGGAGCACCCAAGCUCCUGCCACGUUGCAGAGCUGAGUGUACCUUGAGCGGAUCAGUGCUCAGCUUUGAGUGUCCUCCUGAUGAAACUGUUGCUUUCGUGGAAACAGAGGUUCUAGGUUAUAUGGAAAGUAGAGAAGUCACAGGGCUUAGACAGCUUAAGGGCCGAUUUCCUAAUCUGGGAUGCCAGCAUUCAGCCUGUGCUAUAAGCACUUAUUCAAGCUCCUUUUUGACAUCCUGCUUUUUCAGUGUUCAAACUAAAAACUCAGUUACCAGCGAUCCCCACACACUUCCUGAAAUCAAGGGUUUAACUCCCUAAUGAGCAACGUGUGGCCGCCAGUCCUCCUGCACAUCGCUGCUCUGAGCUCUGGAGCCUGCUCUCCUGAAGCCCCGGGCCAUGACCCCACCUCUGUGUGCCUCUUUUGGUGACACCGGGGGCUGUGGCACUGAGGGACGUGGGCAGAGAGCGAGUGGGCUGUGGGUUGGGGAGCUUAGAGGAGCACAACACUGCUGGGCAUCCCUUGUGCUGUUUGCAGCUUUGAAAAUGUGAUUUCAACAAUUGAAUUUAGGGUUGACACAGAAAGAAGCGUGGCAGAAUGCAGGCAAAGCCGCCUGGGUUGACACUGGGGGAAUGUCACAGUGCAUGAGUUAGGGUUUGGGGUUGGGUUAGAGUUAGGGUUGAGGUUAGAUUUAGGGUUUGGAUUAGAGUUAGGGUUUGGGUUUGAGUUAGGGUUGGGAUUAGAGUUAGGGUUGGGUUUAUAACUUGCUCUGAUGAUCGCAAUGUGAUGCCAGAUGCGAGCUGCCAGCUUUUAGCUUGUGUGCAUGCUAUUAAAGUCUGCGUGUAACGAGAGCCCUGAGGACAGCCCCGAACUCCGUGCACCGCUCCUGCCCAACUCUGGGUGCAGGGAACACACUACUGGUCCUGGGAUGAGAGCAGGGGGGACCCGGAGCUGCAUUGUGUGCCCACUUUGGCAGACUGGCUCGUGCAAUCAGGGCAGCACUCUUAAAGCAAAGUUUUCUGUAUUCUCAAGAUGAACUUUCUGAUUUGCGUGCUUGUUAUUUUGAAUGGAAGAAGCUUACUGUAAAUUGAAGCUGUUUACUGUAUUGCAAAGCAAUACGUGGCCAGGGCUGUUGAUUAGUACCCAGCUCCCAGCAACAGGUGGGACAGCAGAGCUCCUGGCACCACCUCAGGCAUUCACUGUUGAAAACGUUUAGGUCAGCACUGGCAAUGUAAGAUUUUGUUUUUCUGCUUUCACAAACCAAAAAAAAAAGGGAAGAAACAAAAAGAGAUGGAAUGGAUCCAUGCAAAUUAAAAAGUAGCAGAAGCUGAACUAGGCGUUUGCGGUUUCAAGUACUGGUAAGCUCUCUAUCACAGGGGGAAUCAAAGGCAAUUUUUAAGCAGCUAUUGUGUGUUCUGCUUGAGCUGAUUGUUGUAGUGUCUUAUAAAAAGCAGCUGAGCUGCAUUUUUCAGUUUUCCAUACUGGCCUUGAAAGCUCACUGAGUGGCUGACUGCUCCGAUGGGUGGGUGUUAAACCCAUUCGGUGGCAGAAAGCAGGUACGGAAUAAAUAAAUACUACACUACUGAUUUUUUCUGCCACGACUGAGUGAGUUGAUGCUGAAGAGCAUAUAACCUCUGGGUAUUCCAUAGGAAUUGCCUUUUUGAUGCAGGGAGGUGCUGGAGAUUCUUCCCACUGUGCACUGAUCCCUGCACGGUUACGCGCUGUGGUUUGUAGCUCAGUGUUACCGGAUCUUUUGUCUACCUGAACUUCUGGACUUCCUUUCCCUACAUCUUUUUUUCCCUCCUUUGUAUCCAACUUUUUCUUCCUUCUCCUUCAGUUUUCCAACUUUCCAUCUUCUCCAUGCAUAAUGUUUUUUCCCUUCUAAGUUUUCCCAAAUAGAUUUUUCUCUUUUGUGGUACAGGAGCACAGACUUCAAGAUCAGUAUUUCCCUUCACCAUCUGCCACGUUUCCAUUUGUCUGUGUUUUCAGCAUCAACUAAAAUUCCCUUUGUGUAGCUCCAGCUCGGGUGAUUGAGGAGUUGCUGUAGGAUCAGGUAAGCUUGCGGACGCAGCUGGUUUUAUAAUGUCCCCCUAAGUGCCCACAAAAGGAGAGCCCAGCAGCGGCUCCCGGUGGGAGUUUGGGCCGUACAGCCCGAGCUGUGUGGGACUGUCCCACUAAAAGAUGUUGUAAUACGUGUGGAUAACUUAAAGCAAAGAAUAUGUUCCAUAGCAACUGCAGUGUUUGUAGUAGCGAUAGCAUAUGGGAAUGCCUCAGCGCCGCACUGCAGUGAUUGUCUGUAUGGACGCGCUGCAAGGAAAAUUGAAGUAAUGAAGCGCUGCCUGGAAAAAAAAUAUAUGCAAAGCCAAAUUUUUACAACUAGCGUAAGCCAUUUGUAAAUGACAACCACCGAGAAUCAAAGGGAAGGAGCUUGUCAAGCACUGCCAGCUCAGGCAGGAUGGGUUAAGCCGUGUCUUGGGUUGUGUGGCAGCUACACGGCCACGGCUCUGCGCCCUGUGAGCGUGCAGCAGCAGCUCAGCACUCAUCCUGCUCAGAACACAGGCAAAAGCCCCUGCACGGGGGCACCCAGGCACUGCUGGGCAACCAGGAAUGUUGGAAGGAGAAGCAAGUUGGUUUCUUUGUGCUAUGUCCCAGGUCUUGUUCCCUGAGCUCCAGCACUCCCACCUGCCACAUGGAGCAGUGAGACCAAUGCAGAGGGGAGCACCUUUUGUGAGAGUUUGCUUAGCAGUAAGAGAUUUGCAAAGGGUGGAGUUUGUGGUAGAAUAAUCUGGAAAACAUCUCUAAUUUUUAUACGUAUAAAGCUCUGAGGACUUUUAGUUUCGUAUACCCCAUAGAAACUAAUGUAAAUGUAAAGAAUGUUUUAAUCAACAUCUUUUAGCAUAAAUAAUACUCAAGAAACAUAACGAAAUACAAAGUGUCGAGUUACUUCCCAGAGUCCCGUUGUUUUUAUUCCACGUACAAAGAAACGUAUGAGCCCUGAAGCGGUUUGAGAGGUAAAGGUUAAAUAAUGGGUAUGUAUUCAGCAUUUUAAAACACUAAGAAACUGUGGAGCUCUGCAGUCCCUUGUACACAAAGAGCUUGUCAGCGCGUGUUGCUGAGAGUGGUGGGGGAUCGGUGCUGGCAGCCCAGAGGAGACGAGCAGGAAGAGUUCAAGCUGAAAAGCAUAAAGAAGAAGAGAGUUAAUCGUGCUCUGUAAAACCAAUGUGACUUGUAUUUGCUCCUUUGGCAUCGCAAUACCACUCCAAAACAGAGGCCAACUGUUAACAGAGGCAAAGCCAACUUCGUCCUUUGCAGGCUGACAAAUGGUCAUGUAAGUUACCAAAUAACCCAAGACCUCGGGAUUAAACUUCUCCAAUUGUUUUCACAUGAUGCAACUUUAAAUCUCUCUUUUGAACAGUAUUAGAUUUCCUUUCAUUCCCAUAAACUUCAGAAAAAGUUGACUGCUCUCACAUUUCAGACUGUGACCCAGCUAACUUGCACUUUUCCCCUCUGCUAGUCUGGAGAACAGAAUAAUGAAAUUCAGACAACGGUGACCAAAUGUUGCUCCGCAGAACUUUCCUUUUACAAAACAGAUGAAUGCUCCUGGGCUCCAAAACACUGCAGGGAACAAAACUUUCAAACCUUAUGGAAAUAAAAUAGUAAGCCUAUGCAGUGACUUCAUCUCCUUUAUCAGAUCAGAGACGUUUUCGCUGGAAUUGAAAUGGAUUAGAAAAAACCCUCUAAGUAGAGGAAAAGAAUUAAAAUAUCCCACUGAAGCCAUUACCGAAAUGCUGCUUUAUUUCCAAAAACACACCCACGUGAGUGAACGCUGAAUUUCACAGAGAAGAAAAACUGCCACAUCAUCAUCAUUCACAGAAUUGGCGCUGCAGAUAGAAGCGUGCUAUUGUCAGAGUCGGGCAAAUCGAUAUUUGAGUUUUCGUGUUUGCGAUUGAAGACAAAGAUAAGCCAGUGUGCUGCGUGUUCUGAUCCUGACAAAGGGCUGCAGAAGAUGACCGCAGAUCUGCGGCUGCUGCGAGGGCUGGGAUUUCUCCCUCGAGGUGGAGAGGGCUCUGGGAUCUCCUGGAAACCAAGGUCCAUCCAGCACCUUGCCAGAUGAGGCCCUGUAUUUAUAUAACAAGAAAUACCCACUGUGCUGCAGAUUUGUUGCUAGUGCGAGUGGGAUCGCGUUCACUUAAGCCCAUUGCAAACGCAGCCGCUAGAGUCAAAAUAAAAGGAGCCAAAAUAUAUAAAUCCAGCAGACGAAGUUUAUAGGGGAACUAAACCAAACAUUCAACAUCGAGAUUUAGUGCAGCCAAACUGUUGUAACUAAACAGGGUACCUUACAUCAUUUUGUGUCCUACGGGCACGGUCCCCAUUUUAGUGGCGUGCUACGCUCACGCUGAUAUCAAUAAAAGUUUUACAUGCAAAAUGAGUGGAAAAUACGAGAUGUUAGAUAGCACGAUACAAGCCUAUAAACCCCAUACCUAAAAGCCGCUAUCAUGGUUUUGGCAACCCCCAGCCAACUUCCAUGCAAAUUCCGCCGAUGGAUCUUUGCUUUGCUGAUUUUCUCUUAAUUGAAAGUCUUAAAGGUGAAUUGAAAUGUUGUUGGAAUAAAAACCAGUUUAAGAUGCCAAAUCCCUAACAAAAUCCCAGUGCAGACUUACAAGUAAAUAAAUUGUAAAGGCAACCGUACAGGCCUUCGUAUUAACCUGUCAAACCACGAAUUCUGGAAUCUAUUUUUCUCUUGCAAAAUUUGUGACAUUCUUUUCUCCCUAAUGACUGAAGUAUUUUACUGCUUUGCGGGUCUGGCUACAAAGAUGACAUUGUUUAGGAAGGUGGUGAAAUCUCCCUUGCUCAUGCUGAUGACUGGGGGACCACUUCCCGGUUAAUUUACCUGGAGAACUGGGAGGCACAGACCAGAUGCCGUGGCCCUUCCUUUCACAAGUAUAACCCGCUCUAUUUUGCACAAGUAUAGCUUGGUCACACCCAAACUAAAAUAAAUCCACUCUCUUCUUUUUGAGACUCACUUCUCGGGGUGAUGAGUUAAUCAGAGAUGAAACACUUGCAACACUUUCCUACCGAAAGAUCCCUACAAAGCCCAGUGUCUGCAGUGUAAAUCACCAGCUGCAGGACUUGGAAGUGUCCCCACUGCAUGCUUCUCCUGCUGCCUGUCCUGCCCUGCACCUUGUCUGCUUGCUGAAUUAAAGCUUUGGGAGCACAGUGGAUACCGAAUCUAAUGAAACGCCAAAUGUCAGCAUGCAGUUAUUAAAAUAGAAGAAUAACAACAACAAAAAUAAUGCAGAAUAAGCAUCACCAUGUUUGCAUGUGUUAUUAAGUAGUCACUGGUGUUUGUGUCCCAUUCCAUCACCCUCGUUUUUCCAGAAGGGUAACAUUACAUGCUACGGAGCUAUGUAAUUCAAGAAUAUAAAGAACAGAGUCCUCCUGCUAUAUAAAUAAAAUUCCAGUGUAGUACACA